UUACCGUGAACGGUGUGAUAUGGCCCAGCCCUACUUUCACCUGUAUUUUCAUUAUCUCUACAGAUCCUAUCUACUAUAGAAAUGUUGACGGGAGGGUGGGUGUUCACAGUGAGUCAAAGUGAGUUUGACAUGCCGCUGAUAUAACUGAUCAGCUUUAAGUAAAUCGCCUCUGUAUUCUUUUGUAUAUGCACCAACCUUAUGCCUUUCAUCCCUCUGGCUAUGGCUGUUAGGCUCUGCUCCACCUUUCUGUUUGCACUGAAGGGUAGCCUUGGCACAUUCUGAUGCUGGUCUGUCUUUAAGCAAGUUGUUUAGCUAUGGCUAGUGCAAAAUUCAUUUUAGGGCGCAAGGACUACAGAGCUGGCAAGUUUUCCUCCACUGUUGAAGAAGUAGCUGUUGCUGUUUUAUGUAUGCCAGGAAGAUAACGUUAUACACUUUCAAGGACUGUUAUCUACGGUGGGAACUAGAUUAUCCACAUUCCAGAGACUGGACUUUUGUUUGUUAUUGCCAGCCAUACAAAAAGGUGAUGAGAGUCCCGCUUUUGCUCUAGCAGCAUGUUUUUCUGCAACAACAGCAAAAUUUGUUAAUGUUAGCUGAAAGACAAAGAGCUGUGGAACCUCAACCAACAAUACUUCACAAUUUAAUUGUUAGUAGUUUGCUAAUUUAAUGCAUUUUUGAUUUUUCGAUGUCAUCGAGGUUUUCACACAAAACCUUAAUUUCUAAACAAGACUGGGUAAUAGAAAUGGACUGGUGACAGUGCUAACCACUGCAUCAUUGUGCCACCCUGUUAGUAUUUGUAUUUUUAGACCGCUGAUGACUUUUGUUGCAAUUCAGUAUUGCACGUUCCAAGACUCUUCGAUGGUUGGCUUUGCAUGUUUCUCCUGUUUGUAAAGUAGUAUCUAAUUUCACAAUGGGUACUUUCUAGUGAGCCACCUCCUAGCAGGCACGAGCAAAAUACACAGUCUACCUUAAGAGAACAAGACUUAUGGUUGCAAACUAUAUAUAUAUCCGACAAUCCUGAACUUCCAAUCCCUUGUAGUGGGUUGAGUUCUAUAAGGAUCUUGUAAAAAAUAAUGCCACCAGCUUUUGAAAGAUCUUCAGCCGCAGAGCUCCAUUGAAUAAACACUCUUUUGGUGUAAAUUCAUGCUUUAAUUUUGGUUUCGACUCAUUCUUCUCUUCACCUUCCUUUUUCCUAAUAUAGUUUAUACAGUUAUAGUGGUUGUUCCACUGCCCUCCACUUCAGCUAUGAAAAAUUAAAUAAUCAUUUUCUUCCUGUUUACAUUUUCCAAUGAAAGUUUGUAUCCAGUUGCAGGAGGAAUUGCAUACUGAAAGCAAGAUUUCUAGGAAACUAAUCAAAAUUAUUGAAUUCUCUUUAUUACAUUGUGCACUGAGAAUUAACAUUAAUAAGUAAUUUAUAUGCAUUCAAUUUAUCAUGUUAUUUUGCCAUAAAAGGCAAAAAUAGCAUUUAUUAUAUACAUGUAGACGGCAAAAAUAGGAAAAAACCCCACUUAAAUGUAAAUUCCUAUGUAUAUUUCCAUGUUACUGUAUAGAUUGAUAUUUAAUAAAAGGGGAAAACAACGCUGUAGUGAAGAGAUCUCUUGUAAAUCCCUUGUUUAGCUUGUAUUUUGCUUGCUGCCCCUGUGACAUUGUCUUGGUUAAGUAGGGCACUUGUUAAUGUAGUUGUGCUUUCUGUGCUUUGAAAGCAGUUGGACAUGUGUGUCAUAGUGGCAAGAUUUUCAUGCAGGAAGUGUUUUUUAUAGCUUUAAAAUAAAAUUAAUCUAAAGAUUAAAAACAGAAAGUUAACAUGUGUUUCCUUAUUAGUGAAAAUAAGUUUACUUAAUACGUCCCUUAGGUCUUAUUUACUCACAGUGUCAUCUGUCUCGGUUGGUGACCUAAUAAUGUUUAUGCUAGUGUCAGCAUGUAGUUGGAUUUGUUUAGGCCACUCACUGUGCUGUAUUGUCUCUACUGAGGAGGUGCAGGGCAUUGGAUUAGCCAUCCCUGUCUCUCUCAUCCUUUCUCUCUGCCUCUCAUUGGAGCAAUGGUCAAGCUUAGAUAUAAGGUAUUCACUUUGUAAUCAUUGACUGUUCCUCUACUCUUGCCCAGAAUGGUCUGUCAUCAUGCUCCCCUGUUCUUUUAAAACCUGAUAGAACAACUGGUCUCCGGGUCAGACUUGAGGAGAAGUUGAAGAGGAUUAGAGAUGAGCACAAUUUUCUGUUGGGAGUAGCGGGAACUGAAUUACAUAACAACAAUGGAUAUCUUAACUUGAUUAAAAUCAUCUGGAUUAAUAAAACAUAAACUUGUAAACUUGUGACGUCUUAGAAAUUCACUUGUUUUGGAGCUCAACGUUCGUGUGGAAUGAUCUCAAAUUCCCUCUGGACUGUUUUGUCUGCAGGUUGCUUCACUGUGUAGUUUUGGAGCGAUCUUGAGGACUUGAAUAGCACACAUUUUUCUCGGCUGGCUUUGGACUGUGGUUAGAAUUUACAAUUGGAGUGUGUCCAGGUUUGUUGUAAUGUUGCUGAUAUGGUGGUUUUUAUUGAAGCUGGGAAAUAUAAACUUUAUAAGACCGCAGUUUGUUAAAGUGUGAGAGGAAUUCUUAGUUGUAAGCAUAGUACUUAAAUGAACUCUACAGAGUUCAUUUAAGAGUUUUCUGAUAAAGUUAGUUUUACUUAACAAUACCAUCAUGGCAUCUGAGCCUUGUCCUCUGACUGGAGCAGAGAGAGCCGUGUGUAGACUUGUCCACUGUGGACCCCGACCUCAAGCUAUGCUAAAGCCUUUACCUCUGGAGCUCCAGGUGUAUGUGGACAAAACAAGGACCAAGCAAAAACACAGGAUGGAGGCCUCGUGCUUAGAAUUGGCCUUGGAAGGAGAGCGGCUAUGCAAGGCUGGGGACUUCAAAGGGGGAACAGCGUUUUUCGAAGCAGCCGUAAAGGUCGGCACAGAAGACCUGAAGACCCUCAGUGCCAUCUACAGCCAGCUGGGCAAUGCAUACUUCUACCUUAAGGAGUAUGGCAAAGCCCUGGAAUACCACAGACAUGACCUUACCUUAGCAAGAACAAUAGGAGACCGAAUUGGAGAAGGAAAGGCCAGCGGCAACCUCGGUAACACUUUAAAAGUAUUAGGGCGUUUCGAUGAGGCCGCUGUCUGCUGCCAAAGACACCUGGACAUUUCUCAAGAGCAGGGCGAUAAGGUUGGAGAGGCCAGAGCACUGUAUAACAUGGGGAACGUGUUUCACGCAAAGGGCAAACAGCAGUUAUGGGGCUGCACCCAAGAACCAGGGGACCUGCCUCCUGAUGUCAGAGACACACUGCAAAGGGCUACUGGAUUUUACGAGAUGAACCUGUGUUUGGUCAAAGAGCUUGGCGACCGAGCUGCUCAGGGGAGGGCCUACGGGAACUUGGGCAACACCCACUACCUGCUGGGUAACUUUGUGGAGGCUAUAAAGUUCCACCGUCAGCGAUUAUCCAUUGCCAAAGAAUUCGGGGACAAAGCAGCUGAACGGCGAGCUUACAGUAACCUAGGCAAUGCCCUGAUAUUCCUGGGACAGUUCAACACAGCCACAGAGUACUACAGGAAAACUCUGCAACUGUCCAGGCAGCUGAGGGAUCAGGUGAUGGAGGCUCAAGCGUGUUACAGCCUGGGCAACACUUACACUCUUUUACAGCAGUAUGAGAGGGCCAUAGACUAUCACCUCAAGCACCUGUACAUAGCGCAGGAGCUAACAGAUAGGGUUGGAGAGGGCCGUGCAUGUUGGAGUCUGGGAAAUGCAUAUGUGUCUUUAGGGAACCACAAACAAGCGCUUUACUAUGCCAGAAAGCACCUGGAAAUCUCUAAAGAAAUUGGAGAUAGAAAUGGUGAACUGACAGCCAGGAUGAACGUGGAUCAGCUGAUGGAGGCCCUGGGGGUCACUGAGAGCGACCUUUCACCCUCAAGUUCAGAGUUUGAGAUGCAAGGAGCAAGACCCAAAUUCACCAAGAGAAACAGCAUGGACAGUGUAGAACUGUGGAAAUACUCUUCAGAUAAGAAUGGUGAGAACCAAGACUUGGAAAGUAUACCGAGGAGAUCUAAGAGUCACCUGUCGCAGCCUAGCAAAAGAAAAGGCUGUUCUGACAGCCAGUCAUCAGAGGAAAGGCUGUGGUUUGACUCACCCGUGGACACUGAUGACAUCACUGUGCAAGUUCCACCUCCAGUGCCAAAGCUGGGCCGUGACCCCUCUGAUGAAGACUGCUUCUUUGACCUCCUCAGCAAAUUCCAGAGCAGCCGCAUGGAUGACCAGCGCUGCCACCUCGAUGAGCCACAGAAUGGAGACAACAGAGAAGGCGCCGCAACCUCCAUGUCAUCCCUGAGUGAGAUGAUAGAUCCUGCAAUUACCACUUCCCCCCAGACAGAGGAGCUGUUUGAUUUGAUUGCCAGCUCUCAGAGUCGACGUCUUGAUGACCAACGUGUUAAUGUUGGUAACCUCCCGGGCCUGAGGAUUACUCAUAACAACCUGGGUCACCUGGUGGGAGAGGGAGAUCAUCAAGAGCCCAGUGAUGACUUCUUCAACAUGCUUAUUAAGUGCCAGUCAUCUAGAAUUGACGAUCAACGGUGCUCCCCACCAGAAGCGGGCCCCCAUGCCCCUACGGUGCCUGAUGAAGACUUCUUCAGUCUGAUCCAGAGGGUGCAGGCCAAGCGUAUGGACGAGCAGCGCGUCCAGCUGCCCACAGAUGACCAGGAAAGCCCUCCGUCCCCAAGUCCCGAGCCAGCUAGCGGAUUUUCCAGCUAGGAUUUGGUGAAUAAAGCUUCAUGUCAAAGAAAAUGGAAGCAGGAAAAAAGGAAAGGAUGAGCCAACAUUUAAGGACAGUACUAAAGGGUGAACUAACAAGCUUUUUAAUAACAAGACAAAUUCAAUGUGCAAUAGAUGUUGCCCUGUUAAAUGUUGCUCAGUGUAUUAUGUUAAAUGUGUGUAAAUAUAAUGGCAAACAGGCAGAAUUUAACCUCAGUGAUGCAGAGAAGAGGAAAAUGAAAGUGUGGGGGUGACAUGAUUACAAAUAUUAAAUAUAUAUUUAAUCUAAUGCCUUAAUCAGCAUUAAAAAAAAAAAAUCUGACUCAAGAUUGUAUUCACGGGUGUCAGAUGUGUUUCUUCUAGAAGCACAUUGUAUAAUAUGGACAUUUAAUAUAGAUAGCUACAGUGGAAGUCACAAAGACUUAUUUAUAGAAACAGUGUUGACAUUAGAGAAUCUUAGAAUCUUAAAAACAUACCUGAUAAUGAAAAUUUGAGACAGAUAUAUCUGAAGUGCUCAAUGCUGCUUUUAUCAUUCGAUUUUCGUGGUCCCCACUGCUCAUAGAAAUGUGCUGUUAUUUACAGUAUUACAAACCCUAUCCCCCAGUGUUAUGACAAAAAAUGCUUUGGUCAAUUUGAACUUCUCCAUUAUUGGUAACUGCACUCGAAGCGAUCCACACGAAGCGAUUAUAUUUGGUUAAAUUAAAACACUGAUUUAAGUCUGGUUUCCCACGAAAAUGCAAUUUAUGCGAAUCUAUGCCUUUAAAAAGUGCAUCUCACAUGCUGUGCUAAUGUUACUGAGCAAAAAAACAAAACAAAAUCUGCAACAUUUCACAGGCUCAAAAGUACGAUGGUGUGAUAUUCAAUCUCCAGUUUAUGUUUCUGCUUGGCUUUUAAAGUGGUGCUAUCUGCUGCCCUUCGUGUUCGAAAAAUUCUGAUAAUGGACUACUGCUACUUACUGCCUUUAUUGUUACUUAAAUAGACUUAGAAGCAAAUAUAUUAAAUAAGAAAUGAGACACGUGUGUCAUAUUUUGAAAAUUCUAACACGGUGAGCAAUGCUAACUCUGUGUUGCUACUAUAUGUUGCCUCUCGGUGGCCAAAAUGUAGUAUUACCUCUGUGAAAUGAAGAGUGCAGUCUGUCGGGGAAAACAGGCUUCCCCUCUUCUAGAAUAUUUGAAGGUUUAUAUUAUACCUACAUUCUGUUCUGCACAAAUUCUGCAAACAAAGUUAUGCUAACCUGUACCCUAAUUGUUACCAUGAUAUAUUGUUUGGUAAACUUUAAAUUGCACCAUUAAAUCCAGGUACGGCCUGGUGCACUUUCCUGUUUCUUACAAACUUUUCUUUUUGGUUUUUUCGCUAAAGGCUUGAAAAUAUUUAUUGUACAAAGUGACUGCAUCAUGGCACCGAAAAUAUUUGACCUUACCCAGUGGCUUGCUUUAUUUUUAAUUUUUUUUAAUCAAAAGUAGUACCUCAGUGCUUACAUGAACCUUAAACAUACUGAAUUGUGAAUCAGGAUGGAUCAUGUACCACAGUGCUUUAUGUUUGGUCCAUCUCUCUUUGAUAAACAACACAUUGGGAGCUAAGAUUAAAAAAAUUCUCUUCAUGUUUUUUGUGAAUUAACAUUUUUUUAGACACUACACGGUACGCUUCGAUUUGUCUUUGCCAUAAUUUGUAUAUAUAAAGAUAUUUUGUAUUUAUGUUCCUUUUAAGGGCAUGAAUAUGUCCCCUCAUGCUUUUAAUAAAAUGUUUGAGAUGUUUAGUUUGGACUUGUUUUUUUUAAAAACAGCUUGCAUGCAUUAGUUCCUCUUUGCUUACACGUACACCUCUGUGCUGUAUGAACCUUGCAAUCAUUUGAAUGGAUUGGAUUUCUCAAGCUGUAAUCUUUUGUGGAACAUUUCACAAAAAGCUAAUCGGACUCUGUUGGCCCACUCAAAUAUGGUUGCUCAACUAAGACUGGGUAGGAAUGUGAAGAAUUAAAUAUAACAAACAUAAAGUUUCUUAUUUGCAUUUACACCACUCCCUGCAUCACAUCGGAUAAACCUGCGGUGUAAUUACAGCUGUUUUAAUCUGCAUAGUGUAAUUACAAAGCACUGCAAUUCUAUUGUAUAAUAAUUAUAGAUUCAAUAUUCGGUUAAAAAGCACCAUUAUAAUGCAUCUAUGUGUUUUUUAAUGGUUACAUAUCACUUAAUCAAACUUCCUCAAACACUGAGCAUUUUUGCAUGUCACAUGUCCUCUUCUUCUCAUCAGAUAUCCCCCAAACUUGCAAAGACACACUGACCACAAGAUUUUAAUUUACUAAGGGGGUGUGUUGAUGUGCAGCUGUCAGACCAUGCCACUCCGCUUUCCCCACUUCCUCCUGUCCAUCAUCCCUUCUUUCCUCCCUCCUACCCAGAAUGCAAUGCAAACUUGAGAAGGCUCAGGCGAGCUAUAAAAAGGCAUAGAAGCGGAGAGGGAGGGCUGGCGUGCAGCAGGAACUGUGCAGUCACACGCACACGGGGAUCCAGGGACAGCAGCCCCUUGCGCUGAGAUCUAAAGCCACAACGCGAAAGAGAGUUGACCGAAAACACUCAGACGUAACACAAUGGCAG